GCCGCUCAAAAGCGGAAGCACUAAGACUUGCCUCACCUCCACGCUAAGCCCCGACCGCAUCCCAUCACCAUUAUGGCACAGCAAAAGCAAGUCGGAUCGAGCCAGCAUUUUACCUCGGGAUCGCCACUGUAUGCGGUAGCGUGGGUCAAUCAAUCGUCCGACUGUCGAUUCUGAAGUCCAUCGAAUGGCCGGCUGAUCAGCGAAACCUUUGCACAGCGAUUUCUGCCUCAUCCCGAUGGGAACGCCAGGCACUUCCGUAGGACCUUACAUCGCAGAGUGUCAAAGGGUGCUGGAGAAGCUCGUGAAGCGGGGCGAUCUAACAACGUAUGAGGUGCGCGGCUACGGCACCAAUCUGGAAGGCACCUUCUCACAGGUCUCGGCGGCGAUUGAGCAGUGCCAUGAGGCAGUGCACGCGAAAGGAGCACCACGAAUCGCAACGGAUAUCCGGAUAGGCACACGCACCGACAAACCAGCUCCAACGAAAGGGGCCCCAGAGCAGCUGACUUCUGACGAGCAGGGAAAGAAGGAGGACUGGACUGCAGGUCUUGGCGAGAACGAGCGCAAGAGGGAGAGCGUCAGGAGGAUACUAGCAGGCGAUGCAUAAAGAGAUCCUGGACAGGUCGAGAGCUGUAUACAGCGAGCUAUUAUUCUGCUGCAUCAUACUGUGAUGAAGGUCCGCUUCGAAGAGUGUAUGCCGUGUGCAAGAACCCUCCCAAACCUGGUGCGAAGCUGCCAAGAUCGCGUUGAAGUGGGUUGUAGGCAAGCUUGGGUCAUCACUUUGCACCCCUUUGUGUAGGUUGUGAAUGAUUAGAGCGCUCGCCGAUGUGACUGCG